AUGACUAAUGAAAAUAGUUUAUCUCUCGUCAAUUUUUCGAAUGAUGUUUUUUUAAAUAUAAUAAAAUACUUAACACUAAAUGAAACACUAAAACUUAAAAUAGUUAGUAAAAAUUUUUAUGAAUAUUUAAAAGGAGAAAAAGCUUAUUAUUUAAAUACUUCUAUCUAUUUAAACAAUUAUAUUAAAUUUGUAAAAUUUAUAAAAUCAAAUAAGUUCUGUAAUUUUUUUUUAUCCAUAUUAAAAGAUGAAAAAAAUAUUUAUAAUAAUCCACACUAUGUUAAGAAAUAUUUGAAUUUCGGAAUAAAUAAAAAACAGCUAGUUGAAAAUAAAAAAGGCUUUUUAAAAAAGAUAACAUUAAAAGGAGAAUUUUUAAGAAAUUCAAAUAUAUAUGAUAUUAGUUUACUACUUUUUGCUCAUUCAAAUUCAUUAGAAGAACUCUAUAUUCACGGAUUAAAUGACAUAAACUGUCCACUUUUUAUUUAUUCUAGUUAUAGUAUAAUUUUUGACUUUUUUGCAAAAGAAAUAUUAUUAAAUAAUUUGUCUCUUAAUUAUAUAACUAAAAAUGAUUUAAAAGAAAUUCAGAAUUUAAUUUUACAGAAGGAGGAAAGAACACAAAAAAAUGUAAGUGAAAAUGAUCCAUUUUCAUAUAUAGAUAAUGAAGAGGACACUUCAACUGAAGAUGUAGAUAUAAGGAAAAAUUUGUUUAUGAAUGAUGAAAUAGAAAAAGAAAAUGAAAAAGAAAAUUUUGAAAUAAAGAAAGGAAAAGAUAAAGGAAAUAAAAAAAAUGAAAAUGAAGAAGAAAAAAAAGAAGGAGAAGAAGAAAAAAAAAAAAAAAAAAAAAAUGAUAAUGAUAAUGGAAAUGAAGAAAAUAUAAAAAUUUAUAAAACGAAUAAAAUGAAACCUUUUUUCCCCAUAAAAAAUGGGAAUUUUAAAAUAUAUAAAAAAAAGAAAAAAGAGUAUGUUGAUAUAAUAUCUAAAAUAAAUGAAAAAAAUAUAAUAAAUGAUGACAAUAAUGAUGAUAAUAAUAAUAAUAAUAGUGAUGGAAGUGUGAAAUUAUCAAAUUAUGAAUUAAAUAUAAACGAUUAUUUAAAAAAAAAAGAGAAAAAAAAAAUGCUAAAUUUAAUAAAUAAGGAUAAAUUACAUAUAUUAUGUGAGCAUUUGAGUAUAGUAUAUAACUGUAAUAAAAAAUGUCUUGAAAAAAUAAGAAAUUAUAAACAAAAAUUACACUUAAAUAAUUAUAUAAACAGUUUGCAAUUUUUAAAAAUAUUAAAUUUUUCUGGUAUACAAACUUAUGAUUUCAUAGAAAUGUUUAUUCCGAUAAAUACACCUUCAUUAAAAAUUUUAAAUAUUUAUUGUUAUGAUUAUUUCUUUUAUUUUUACCAUAUGCUUUUAUCUAUAUUUUUAUAUGGAAUAGGAACAGAUAUUUUUACAAGAUACAUUAAUCAAAAAAAAAAUAAAAAUAACAUGGAUAUACAUACAAGAGAAUUUAUUAUAAAUAAUAAAAAAGUUUAUGAGGCAAUAAAAGAAAUUGAUAUGAAUUUAAUAGAAAAUAAUUAUAUGUCAUGUAAUUUUCAAAAAAAAUAUGAACAAGAAGCAAUAAACUACUAUCAAUCAAAUAUUAGAAAUAAUGAAAAAAAAAUAUUCUUCACACCAACUUAUAAAGAUAAAAUUUAUUUAAAUAAUUUUAGUAAUCCAGUAUAUUAUGCUGAUGGAAGUUAUAUAAAAAAUGAUUCAGAUACUGAAUUUAUUUAUAAUACUACAACUAAUAAUGAUAAUAACUGCACAAAGAGAUGCAUAAAAAGACAAUUAAUUGAAAACGAUAAAAAGAAAAUUAAAAAAUUAAAAAGAGGUGGAUAUAUAUGGCUUAUAGAAAAUUAUAAAUAUAAAAAAAAUGUGAGUAUAGAAAUUUUAUAUUUAUUUAAAAAUAUAAUUGAGAAUGAAGAAAAGAAAGGAAGAAGGAACAUUAUUUGCUUAUUAAAUAAUUUAAGCUUAGAACAUUUUUCACUAUUUAAUUAUAGUUUAAGUAGCCCAUUCUUAUGGUUACUAUUAUUGAUAAAGAAUCAGAAUUUAAAAACCUUUUGUAUAUUAGAUUUAUGUUUAUCUCAUCUCUUAUCUGCUCUUACCUUUUUAGAAGCUUUUUUAAAACAAAAUUUAUUUAAUUUUCAAGGAAUGAUGAGAAGAAGAAGAAAAAGAAUUGGUAGUAUUUAUUUUAAGUUUAAUGACGAAGAGGAAAUAAAAUUUGUUAAUCAGAUGUAUUCAAAAAUAAUUAAUGAAUUAAAUAGAAGUAAUUUUACCCCCAAAAAAAAUAAAGUUCUUCAUAUUGUUAUUUAUGUAUAUAAUAAUAAAAAAGGAAAUAAACAGUUUAUUAAAUAUAUAAGAAAAAUUUCAAGAUCUUUAUGGAGAUGUAACUAUUUAGUUUUUUAUUCUAUUCAAUAUUAUAAAUAUAAAUAUUUUAAUAAAUAUUUUGAUAUUGAUAAUUUGUAUAGAGAUUAUGUAAUUAAUAUACUUUUAUCUAAUCAUAAAUUAAAUCGCUCUUUAAAUAACCAAAAAUUAUUAUCUGAUCAAUAA